UCUCUCGAUUCCGUUAGGUGCAGCUGCGCAGGUGACGAGCACGAGAUAAUUUUCAGAUUUUGCACCCUAUAAAUCGAGCCCGAUUUCGUGCGUGUACUCCGCGAGCCCAUCCCAUCUCAUCUCGCCCUCUUCUUGGUUUUUCUCGUUCUGCUAGCUAGCUUCAUCGACGAAAUGGCCGGGUCGACGGUGGCGAAGAUCGGGCCGUGGGGCGGCGACUACGGCGGCCGCGACCACGACGUGACGGUGGCGCCGCGGCGGCUGCGGAGCGUGUCCCUCCGCCACGGCAAGAUCAUCGACUCCAUCGCCUUCACCUACGACGGCGGCGACGGCGACGGCGAGCUCCACUCCGUCGGGCCGUGGGGCGGCGACGGCGCCGAGCUCCCCGAGGCGGUGGCGAGGAAGCUCGCCGCCGGGGAGCGGCCCCCCGGCGCCACGGUGGCGGAGUUCACGUUCGACGCCGGCGAGCGCGUCACGGAGGUGCACGGCACGGUGGGGCCGUUCGGCGACCGGGACAGCCUCGUCACCUCGCUCAAGCUCGUCACCGACCGCCGCACCAUCGGGCCCUUCGGCUACGGCGCCGGGACGCCCUUCAGCGUCCCCGUGCGCGGCGACGGCGGCGUCGUCGGCUUCUUCGUCCGCGCCGGCGCCUACCUGGAGGCCAUCGGCGUCUACGUCAACCCGUGCAUCCCCUCCGAGAAAUGAAUUGAAUUGAAUUUGAUCAACACCACCGAUAUGAUAUGAUCCAUCCAGUUACCACCCGGCCGUGCUUAAUUUGAAUGUGUUCUCAACUGUUUCAUAUUUUUUUUGAUUUAUGGCCUAAUGUUUCUCAAACUAUGGUGCAUUCAAGAAUAAUAACAGUGCAGUAUUAUGUGCUCACAGAAUUAAAGGGCUCUUUUGCUGCA